ACCAUCAUCACUUUCACUGCGAAACUUCCAAAGUUGAUAUAUUCUGAGCCAACGAAACUCGAGCGAGCAGUCUACAAUCAAUACUCGACGAUCGGCAAUCCGCAAGUCCAUCAAAACUUCUCGAAGAACAGUGGCUUUGUGACACCUUCCAUCGUGAAUUUUCCGUCAUAUAUAGUAGCUUUCGCUCGAGACACGAACAUGUACAAGGCCUCCCUGAGGCUCUCACAAUCCCAAAGGGUAGGAGAUACCCGCCACUGUUCGAAAUGACGCACCAACGACACAUGACUCCAGCUGUUCCCUGUCCUUAUAAGCCUCGUUUCUGGUUUCUCAUUGCUCCCACAAACUUCACUGUCAUGAAGCUGUCGCUAUCGUGCUUCUUUUUCUCGCUAUGGCCCUCCCUGUGCGCCACGGCCGACCCGGUCACGAUCACAACAACCAGUGGCCACCUUCGAGGAGUAGUGGACGAUGGAGUUUUAUCUGUCAAGGGCGUCAGAUUUGGGCUUGCACCUACAGGUGCCCUUCGCUGGUUACCUCCCGUCGCUUUUCGAUCUGCCGCUGUUCAAGAUGCAACGAAAUUAGGACCUUCAUGUAUCCAGCAGUUUACAUUUGCCACCGCCAAUUUGACAGAGUUUCUGUUUAACAAUCCUCCACCGCCAGAGAACGAGGAUUGCUUGUUCCUCAAUGUUUGGGCGCCGUCCCCCGUUACGCCGUUGAAACUGAAACCGGUACUCUUUUGGAUUUACGGAGGAAGCCUUGCCUUCGGUACUGGUUCUCUCCCGGCCUACGACGGGACUUCCAUAGCCAAAAAUCAAGAGCUAGUCGUGGUCACCUUCAACUACCGCACUAACGUCUUCGGCUUCCCUUCUGCUCCCGACUUACCUCUCACCGGGAACAAUCUUGGCUUCCUUGAUCAAGAACUCGCUCUAAAUUGGGUCCACGAAAAUAUCAUUCACUUUGGAGGGGAUCCAACCCAGGUCACGAUCAUGGGACAAUCUGCUGGGAGCGUGUCGGUAGCGGCUGCAAUAACGAGAAAUCAACAGGGAUUCAAAGCGGGUAUUAUGCUCUCCGGUGCUCCUCUUGGUCCUGCCGAUGAUGCUCCUGACUUCUCGUCGUUCGAUGAUUUUGCGAAUGCGGUGAAUUGUGAACAGUCUCCCGGACCUCGUCGUCUCGCUUGUUUGAGGCAAAUCCCUGCUACCGUCGUUAGGAACUUUACCAACGGGCCUUCGAGUGGAGCGUUUGGUCUGGUCCUUGACAAUUUUACAUUUUUUGGAGAUCCACUAGGAAGGAUCCUCGCUCAUAAAACCACCCGCACGCCGCUCAUGAUCGGCAACACUCAAAAUGAUGCAUCCUUAUUCGUCUUGGGUCUCACGAACCUCACCGAAUUCUUACAGUCAACACUUCCCGGUGUUCCUAUCUCUGCUGACCAGAUACGGGGUUUGUAUCCUGGGAGAAAUGAUGUUCAAGUUAUCGGAGCGUUUUCGACGGAUUUAACAUUCCGAUGUCCGGCAUCCCUUUGGGCUGGCGCGAUGGUAAAGGCAGGAAUCAAAGAUGUGUUUCGGUAUAGCUAUGGCGCUGUGUUCCCUGACACUCAGCUUUUCCCCAAUGCAGGGGCUUGGCAUUCGUCUGAACUGGAACUCAUUUUCGGAACGUUCAACCAAACGUCGUCAGGUAACGACAAGGCCGUCCUGUCGAAAUCUCUUCAGACCGCCAUUGCGAAUUUUGUGAAGAAUCCUAGUACGGUGUCACCGGCACCGAAUUGGGAGCGGUAUGAUCCUGGUCAGAAGACGUUGGCUGAAUUGGCGUUUAGUGGGAACGUUGGGUUUGAUGAUUUUGUUAAUCCGGUGAUGAGUGAUAGUGAGGAUGGGUCGUGCAAUGCCUUGUUGGAUAAGAUUAUUACUUCGGGAGUGUGAAGUAGUAGUAAUAGUACGAUGAUUACAUUGAUUUAGCG